ACGUGAUGCGUGUACAUACUCCCACAUCCUACUUGACAGCUCCAUAACAUUGCGCUCGCCGGAGCGGGUCUCACCUGGCUGCCCUCUGACCGGAGUUCACUCGUUUUUUUUUUCUUCUUCUCUUGGAUGAGAGGAAAGAUGGCUUCUCAGGAGACUUUUAACGAUUUGGGAUGCAGUUCGUCCGAAGAGGACAGUAAUCGUGCGGAUUUGACAGAAGGGACGGCGGAGGAGAAGACGGCUCCGGUGGUGGUGGUGCGUCGGCAUCAUCCAUUCAGCGUGGAGGCGCUCAUGUCCGGGAGGAAGACGGACAGCCGUGCCGGAGAGUCCACCUGCUGUAAACCGGAGGCAGUGUCCCCUAUAGGUUUAAACUCUCUGUAUCUGUGUCGGGAUACGUGCAGUCUUCCCGGAGGGAGCCGAAAGAGUUUAGCGGCUGCGCCUUCAUCGCCGGUGAAAUCCGAGGCGUCAGAGUCAGAGGACUGCGCACCCUGGGUCACCAGCAGCUUCUCCACGCAGAAUCGUCAUGUCAGUCCUGCCUGUCCAUUGAGGAAACACAAGACCAACCGAAAGCCCCGCACUCCCUUCACCACGUCUCAGCUCCUGGCCCUGGAGAGGAAGUUCAGGCAGAAGCAGUACCUGUCCAUCGCAGAGCGAGCCGAGUUCUCCUCCUCUUUGACCCUGACAGAGACCCAGGUGAAGAUCUGGUUCCAGAACCGCCGGGCAAAAGCCAAGAGGCUCCAGGAGGCAGAGCUAGAGAAACUCAAGAUGGCUGCUGAUGCCAAGACGGCGGCGGUGGCGGCAGCCGCAACUGGAGGUUUACACCCCGGCUUUUUGUCACUGGGUGCCAUGUCACUGUAUGGACAGACGUACUCUGCCUAUCACCACCACCACAGACCCAUACUGCCCAUUUCACCUUUAGGACUGUACGCUGCUCCUCUGGGCUACAGCAUGUACCACUUAUCAUAAAAAUGGAACUAUCACUGACUUGACAAGGAUUCCCAAAAAUGGACACAGAGGACAUUUUUAAAAUCAAUGUUUAUAAUAUAUCUACUGCACAAGGAGUGUUUGAACUUUAUGAGCACUUCAAGUCGAAUUAAAAAUCUAUUUUAUUCCCACAGGAAGGAUAAAAAAACCCAACUUACAUAUCCUUUUGCCCCUUUGGACUGCCGGUUUACAUGUGACGAGGGGCGUUUACUGUCCAGAUGUUUAUACUUGUUUACUUUGGCAAUAAUUGAGCUGGGUGAGGACUUGCACUGGGUACAAUCAUAUGAAUAAUCACAUAAGCCUUUCUCUUCAUUCAAUACAGUGCCUUGUGUUGGGCCUUAAAAUCAAGAUGCUUUGUUGACGUGUGUGGAUGAUGAGUGUCUCAGUAACUCAGGCCAAAUAAAACAUAUCACUGAAGCAGAACGCUCUGUCGAACGAGACAAGAUCAGGUUUGUGUGCUCUUCGAGACAGCCAACUCCCCCCUUUAAACGAUCCGUCACUAUGAAAACACUUGUAACUUUUCAUCUUUUAUCUCUCAUAGCACUCCCUCAUUGCCUUAUCAUGCAUCUAUAGAGCGUAGACAUAUUUAUUCUCAGUGCUGGAAAUGUUUAAAUGCCUUAUGUCGUGUAUUUAUGACAGGUUGUGAGGACAAUGGUACUAAAGUUCUGACCAAAAGUGUAUUUAUAUUGUUCUUCUUGAAUGUCCCUUUGAAAGGGCCUACAUCGUGCUAUGCAGUUUAUGUUUUUAUCAUUCGAAUGAACAAAAAAAUAUAUACUUUUCAGACUUUUUCCUUUAAAAUGACAUUUAAUUUUACGUGUAAAAUAAAAAUAAAGUAGCAAUAUGUAA